GGAAUAGUAGUUGCAGGCUUAACUUGAAAAGGAAAGAAUAGGGUAUAAAUACUGCCACCGAAACCAGCAACAGUUAGAACUCCAUCUGAAAGAGCACCACAGGUUCUUUAAUUGUGUCGAGGUGCUGGUUUUUUUCGUUUUUAUUAUUAUUGAGAGAUAUUAUUUUGAAAAGUUCGAUCAAAAUAGUGACUUUAAGGCAGAUUACCUUCGGUAGGUUCAGGAGAGUUCUGUCUUUUCUUAUUUUCUCCCCGUAAAGCUUUGAAAUCAGUAAACGCGGAAUAUGUGGUGGAUGCUAUUUCCGCGCUGGAUCUGGUUUUUUGUUGGGCAGUGGAUUGUCCUGUUCAUGGACGGCCGCGUGAAGGGCAUCGCUUUACCAAGAGUUGUAUAUUCUCACGCAGGGAUCUGUCCAAACGAAAUGAACCCCAACUUAUGGGUGGAUGCCAUGAGUACUUGCAUGCGGGAGUGCGAAUCUGAUCAGGAAUGUGAGACUUCUGAGAAGUGCUGCCCUAAUGUCUGUGGAAACAGGAGCUGUGUGGCGGCCCGUUACAAGGGGAAAAAGGGACCCAUGGGAAUGCCCAAGGAAGCCACAUGCGACAAGUUCAUGUGCACCCAGCAGGGCUCUGAGUGUGACAUCUGGGACGGGCAGCCAGUGUGCAAGUGCCGGGACCGCUGUGAGAGGGAGCCCAACUUCACCUGCGCUUCCGAUGGCAUGACCUACUACAACAAAUGCUACAUGGAUGCAGAAGCCUGCUCUAAGGGCAUUUCACUGUCUGUGGUGACCUGCCGGUACCAUCUCACAUGGCCUAACACCAGUCCCCUCCCUGUGGAGACCACUGUUCGCCCAACCACAGCUCUUUUGGAAACCACGCCCAUGGACAUGCAGGCUCCAGUCAUGGUCAGCAACCCUGCUCACCAGUCUGUGUUUGUGGGCGAGACUGCCAGCUUCCUGUGUGAGGUGACAGGAAAGCCCAAGCCAGAGAUCACUUGGGAAAAACAGGUGGAAGGGAAGGAAAACAUCGUCAUGAAGCCCAACCAUGUCCGUGGGAAUGUGGUGGUGACCAACAUCGGCCAGCUGGUCAUCUAUAAUGCCCAGAUCGAAGAUGCUGGCAUCUACACCUGCACGGCAAAAAACGCAGCCGGUCCCAUACACGCGCACUUUCCCCUCUCUGUUGUCCAGAAGGACCCUCUCAAGAAGGAAGACCAGAACAACUCCACCGUCUUUCCUGCAGAGGAGUGUCUGAAGACACCAGACAGCGGAGACUGCGGGGAGGAGAAGAUGAGCUGGUACUAUGAGGCCAAAAAGAACAACUGCUUCACGUUUACCUACAGCAACUGCAACAACAACAUGAACCAUUUCGACACAUACGAGUCGUGCAUGCGUUCCUGUGGGGCAGAAGUGGCAAACCCCUGUGCUCUGCCCAGCUUGCAGGGUCCCUGCAAAGCCUACGAGCCCCGCUGGGCAUACAGCAGUGUGACAAAGCAAUGCCAGUCUUUCAUCUAUGGCGGCUGCGGGGGUAACGACAACAACUUUGAGAGCAAAGAAGCCUGUGAGGACACGUGUCCCUUCCCCAAAAACCAGAACUGCAAGAUAUGUAAGCCACGGCAGAAAAUGGUGACCAGCUUCUGCAAGAGUGACUUUGUUAUCUUGGGUCACAUGACAGAGCUAACGGAAGAUCAAGACUCCGGCCACGCCCUCAUCACGGUGGAGGAGAUCCUGAAAGAUGAAAAGAUGGGGCUGAAGUUUUUCGGCAAGGAGCCCCUGGAGGUGACCCUGCUGAACAUGGAUUGGACCUGCCCCUGCCCCAACAUCACCAGCAGCGACGGGCAGGUGAUCAUAAUGGGAGACGUGCACAACGGCAUGGCGGUGCUGCAGCCCGACAGCUUCGUGGGCACGUCCAGCGUACGCCGCGUGCGUAAGCUCCGUGAGGUCAUCCACAAGAAGACCUGUGACAUUCUGAAAGAGUUCCCCAGCAUUCAGUAGGUCUGGUGAUGACAGGCUGUAAACAACUUGACUGCAUUUUUCUAUUUCAAAGGGUAUUUAUAAAGAAAGUGUGCUUGAAAAGUUUAAUUGCUAGUUUCCUGAGGGAUAUGCUAAACUGAAAUAAUUAAUAAAAGUGAUAAAUAAAAAAGCAAAAAUGAUAAUAGUUUAUACAUAUUACUUGCUGUACCUUGACUUGCCAUACACUCACAUGCAGUACCUGUUGCUACCUUUAUUUAUUUUAGAUACACGGCGGCUUGUGUAUGCUAUUGUUUGUUCAAUUGUUCAAUUGUUUAAAUACAACAAAAAACCACGUCCAAUAAAUUUGAUAAAGUAAAACUCAGUUGACCCAUUUUAAAUAUUGCACUUUAUUGACAAGGAAAUGUGCAAUUAAAUUGGAACACAUUUCUUUGUACAAAUGAUGCGAGUGAUACAUAAAAGUCUCCCCUGUGAUUGUCUGGCCUCUGAUCAGCUGCGUUUGCUCCAUGGGGUAACAGCUUGGUCGUUUGACAAGGUUAAAUAAUGUUUUUGGACAAUGGAACCUAUUAACAAAUCAAGAAUUGGCUUUUCUUAAGCACUUACAACAUUGCAUACUGAACAUGUAUUUUACUGAAAUUAUUAUUUGAGCUUUGCUUUUAAUUUUCUGCAUGAUGGAAAUGACCUAAUGCCUUUCAGGCAGUAACACAGACUCAUUAAAAUGUAAGUGUUAUAUUUAAUAGUUAGUUAAAGGUUAAUAACAGUCACAUGGGAAAAGGCAUGCAGUAAACCUUUUGUAAUAUAUUCAAAACUGGAUUUGCUCAAAGCACUUGAACACGUUGUAAUAUAUUCUCUUUAAAGUUAAUUACUACAGACUCCAGGAAUCAGAGUGUUUGUAUUUGCAAAUGUAGCACCUUGUUAUUAUGCUAGAAUAUGAAUGUCCAUGUUUUUUGUAUGCCUUAAUUGCAUUUUUCUAUUUAUUGUUGCUCCUUCUUCUGUCGCUUAUUUGAGUUGAAUAAAGAAAAUCUUUUAUACAAUAUAUGUUUCUUAAGCACUUAAGGUAAUGUAUUCUCUUGACACAUUGACAUUUUCCUAGACAUAACACAAUUACAUUCCUGUGAGAGAAAAAACCCCCAAUAAAAACUGAAAUCAGA